AUGUGGAAAUUCAACAAAAAGCUCGCCCGUCUUACUUACCGUCUUUAUUCAAGCUCAGGCCCAAGCUCGCCCCUUCAUGGGAAGAAGAAACUGCCGCAAAAUCUGAAAUUCGUCGUCUUGAACCCUACCCAAUCUGGGCUAGUGAAAAAUGAUCAGAAGCAGCCUAGACACAGGCCGUCUAAGAAACGUAGCCAUAAGGAAACUGGAGAUAACAACCUCGAUUUCGGCUCGAAACUCCUUGUCUUCGAAAAGCAGAAUUCACUAGAUUCCGCAUUGAACUCCAUCCGAUUGAAGAAACCGACAAGCGCCAGUCUGCCCUCCCUGGAAUACAAUGCCCUUCUCCAAUCGCUUACAUCAAGCUACAAUCGCUACCAACUGCGCGAGUUCAUCUCCACACAUCAGCCAGACUCCUCUUCACAUCUGACGCACUGGAAGAAAAGCAAGCUGUCCCAAUAUAUAAUUGAAAAAAUCUGGAAUUGCCAACCAAUUUCAACACCCACCACUCCCACAGGCAUCAAGUCCACAUCAUUGACUUUCCAGUUCGAUUCUCCUAGAGAAAUUUUCCUUUUACUCAUCACUCAAAAUGGUAAAAUACUCACCAACUUCAAUAAGCUCGGGCUGACAUUCAUCAUCUCCAUUCAGGAUAACGAAUUGACCGUCAAGGGUUCGCCUAGCUUGCUCAAAUACGCAGAAAUAUCCUUAAACAAAAUAUGGUCAAACAUCACUCAUGAAAAUGUGCGUAUGUAUUCCCUCAUGCCAUCAAAAGACGUCAUCAACCUUAUUCAGAAGGAAACUCACACUUUUUUUGAAUACCUCCCGGACUUGCAAAUGUACAAGAUUUCAGCCCUAAGCACCAAGAAAAUAUCCAUGGCCAAAGUCUUUUUAUUAAAUGCCGUCGCUUCUAAUCCUAACACAACUCAACACCACCACACAAUAGCCUCACCAGCACUCAAGACAGAACUCUAUCCGUUCAACAAUACUCUAGAGAACUUGGACUGGCUAAACAAGUCACAAGAUUGGGCAAGAUUACAGUCAGUUGUCCCUAAAAAUUGCACAGAUCUGAUGACUCCCACUGAAAACGCCACACCAGAAUUGACAGAUGCGCAGGUCAGCCAAUUCGAAUCUUCCUUGUCUAAAAAUAUACCAUCUCUCUCCCCUUCCGACUCUAUUUCCCAAUCUUUAUCAAUAACGCUAGGUCACUCCUUACAGUCCGCGUCUUUUUCUAGUAUUUUCCAACCUCUAAUACAUAAGAGUUUUAUUUCAAAAUUACUGAAUCUACCAAUGUACAAAGAAUCAUCAUCAUCAGCCGUACCUGUGCCUGUGCCUCUUGAUCAACAUCUAAUAACAAAUGCGCAUCAAUCCUUCAUACAGCUGAACUUCACUCCUGUGCCGCCCACCUCUGGCUCCUCCUCGUCCCCUUUUUUGCAGAUUUGGUUCGAGAUUGACGAAUUCGAUAACAUUGUUACCACCUCAAUGAGGCCUCUUUUGAAAUUACAAGAAAAUUCUGUUAUCUUAAGAACUCCACAAUGCCAGACAGACUAUAAGAUCACGUCAGAUUACAUUCAAGAUCUUUUACCUGAUUUCGACCAGACCAAUCCGGAUGCUUGGUUAUCUGAACAAAAAGGCCUCCAAGAAUUUCUUCUCAAGUCACACUGGAAGUUAAACAAAUAUCAGAAUCUUAUGAAAAAAAUCAACAUUUCUUUACCAGAUAACCUAAUACAGCAAUACCAAUUGACUGAUGUUUUGACCCAUCGUGUCUUGAAUUUACGAUUUCCUACGAACACUGCCCAAGAUGAUAAAUACAUCAUUCAAUAUUCAGAUAUCAGCCGCGGAUUUUUGAACAAUGGCUCCUACAGACAAUUAGAUUUCAUCAAUGUGAACCCCAGUGAAACCUCACUAAAAACCUUUAUCAAUGAUGUUUUAAGCUUUUAA